AUGUCCUUCAAUGUCAAGAAGUGUGCCCACAUGUGUAUCACAUUGAAACGACAACCCUUGGUUUGCAACUUUACCAUCAGUGACCAACCUGUUCCAACGGCAACCUCCUGUAAAUACAUCGGUGUGACCAUCACAGACAACCUGUGUUGGAACUCCCAUGCACAGAAGAUAUCCUCCAAAGCUGCUUGUACUCUUGGAAUCAUACGUCGAGCAUUGGGUAAAUGUGACCUGAAAGUGAGAGACAUUGCGUACAAGCAACUUGUCAGACCUCAACUUGAGUAUGCUUCAUGUGCAUGGAAUCCUCACAUACAGAAAGAUGUAAACAUUACUGAGAACAUUCAGCGUCAGGGUGCUAGGUUUGUCCUUCACGACUAUAGCAGAGAAUCCAGUCCUCCUGCUACUGAGAGCCCUAACGACGACACUGACGUCCAGGAAAAUGCCCUCGAUAAUCCAACCUACGAGAUGGACACGGGCGAACAGACCAAUGUCGACAUGCCGCCACCGCCGCCACCCGAUGAUGACAUACCGAACGACAUCGACUUGAUCUUUGACGCCGAUGAUGAGAUCGCUGCCAAUAUGGACACUGAUCCUUCAGCUGUGAUCGACGUCAAUGUAGUAGAUGAGAACGGAGACGUCGUCGAUGAGGGAGACGGUAACGACAUCGAGGAUCCGGAUGGUGUGGAGCUGCCUGAAUACUCAUACGUCGAUACGGUUAACGAGCCGGUGAACGAGGAGGCCGGUCCAUUGCCAAGCAAAUCGAUGGAAGAUAGAAGGUACGAGAGCAUCAAAUUGCAAGGAGAGUAUCUAAGUGAAGAUGAGCUACAACGCAGAAAGGAUAAAUCUCUCAAAAUCUGCAUUGGGAUGUUUGUCGUGGUACUCAUUGGCCUUGCUGUGGGGCUGAUUGCAUUCUUCAUAACGUAUUCGAUGAGAGAUCUGACCUCAACGACGCCAGAGCCAACCACUGAACAACGUGCAGCUACCCAACCACCUAUUCAGAUUGAUUAUAUCGUUGCCCGGUUGAAUAUUACUUUCAAUGACAAGAAUUUCACCGAAGCUUUGAACGACCCCACCUCUCCUGAAUAUCAGGCUUUAUUUGACGAAGUUACUGAGUUGGUAAGUUAA